CCAUGGACUGCUAACACUUUUUCGUUAGAAGGCAGAAUUCUCGUUGUUUAUUGCGGACGGUUGCUUCUUUGGAGUGGUUUUAUUAUUUAUUGAUAAGAUAUAAAACAAUUAUGAAAAGCAGAUAGACCUACUCUACAUAGAGUAGUGGGGAACUUCAAUAAGUAUUGAUGGACAGUUCUGAGCAUUUGUGGUAGAGACACGCACGUUUAAGGUUUACCGGUUUGUCAAAUGGUGAAAUUAAACAUUUUUUAAAAUUAUUUCACUUUUUAAUUUAAUAAACAUAUACUCUGUGACUCAACAUGAAUACAAUUGAGGAAAUUUCGGAAAUCUCUGAAACUCAGGGCGAAGAAAUUAAUGGCAAUACCAAGUCGAGCAUAAAAACUAAAUUAAGUUCUAAAUCUACUACCAGUACUUCCAGUUCCACUACAGGUGCUUCAACCCAAAACAACUCUAAGCCACAAACACCCAACGGUGGGUUGGGUAAUGGUGUUGGUGUUGGUGGUGCAGGUGCUGCUGCCUCGCCCACCUCAAAUGGUGUGAACACUUCGUUUUCUGAGGAAUUUCGUGAGGAUUUGAAAAUCAUUGGCCAUCUUAAGAAUAUAGAAAAAUUGAAUGAGAAACGCCGGGUGUUUCUAACCAACACCAUAUCCUCGGAGUAUUCCAGUGAUGAGAAAACCGAAUCGACAACAAAAGCCAACUCAACUGCAAAUCAGGCUACAGCAAACGGCAAUGAUACUGCCUUCUCCAAUUACAAUGCCAAAAAGAUUUUGGUGCGAGAGCAUCACAUUGACAGUUCUUCCGACGUUGAGCAUCAUCACAGAACAAACGCAGCAGCAGCAGCAGCAACAACACCUUCAAUUGCCUCACCAAAGUAUGCCACAUUGCCUCUGAAGACACCGCGAACUCCGAAUACACCACCGCCCAAACCUCCUAUGCUAAGUCGUACACGCAGCAUUGGUAUAGGUGACAGUUGUUCAAUGAGUUCUCCACCGCCUACACCCAAGUUUCCUCCCACUCCCCAAAACACCCCCAUUCAGGAUCAACCGGAUGCAGGAACUUUUGUUACUACUGCAAUGCCAGACACCAUAACCCACACUACCCAACAUAUCCAGCCCACGGAGAGUACAAUUAUAACAUCUUCCAAAAUAACUGAACCUCUGAUGGUAACUUGUGUGCAAUUGGAUCCCGAGGAAACGGCUACAGUGGUGUUGCGCUCGAGUGCCAAUGCAAAGAUGAAUGGUGAUUUUGGGGCUGGUUUUGCCCCCGAAGCUUCGCUAAAGGAUAUACCAGUUAAGCAUUACGAACGCCUGAUCGAAGAGUUGAAAUGUCCCGGUUGUGCCUUCCCCAUGAAAUCGCCCAUUUAUUUGUGCAAGACUGGCCACAGUAUUUGCGAACAAUGUACCAGAAUAUUGCUGUUGUGUCCUUUGUGCAAGGAAGGUUACACCAACAUACGUUCUCUUACCGUGGAAGCCCUCUGCUCCAAGGCUCAUUUCAAAUGUUCCAAUGCUUCUGGAGGCUGUACGGUACGUCUACAAUUGGAUCUAUUGUCAUGGCAUGAGAAACAAUGCAUUUACAAGCCCAUGAAAUGUUUCAUGGGUCGAGUAUGGGGCGAUUGCCAAUGGAAUGGUCGUGAGGCCUUCUGGAAGGACCAUCUGGAGGCAGCGCAUUCCAAUAAGGUCUUUACCAAAGACACUGUGGAUCUGGUGUGGAAUAUGGGUGUUAAGCAAAAACCAUUGACGGGUUAUUAUGUUUUCCAAGUCUUCAAUGAAAUGUUCAAUUUCUAUGAAAUCUAUGACAAGGAGAGGAUACUCUUCACCAUGACCUGUACUUCCACGCAAAAGGAAAAGAAAUUGCAAUUUGCCUAUGAAGUUACACUGAUUAACGAGGAUAUUGAGGCCUUAUCGGUGACACAGAAAUUCCCAGUGCACAGUGAAUAUGAUUCGGAUAUUUUGGCCGAGGGAACUUGCAUCAGCUUUGUGUUAAGUGAUUUGACCAAGUUUUUGGAUGAGGAAAAGAUGCUACACUUCCGCAUACGAAUUUUAGAGGUAAAAACUCCCCGCAGAUCUCGUGGCUGGCGUAACAUUGGUUCCAAUGGUAAAUUGCCCAUAGAUUUUCAACAAACCAAUAUUGAGGGUGUAAAUUUGAAAAAUGUUCCCUCCGAUGUUAUAGUCACAAGACGCAUGGACGACAUACCGUUUGCCGAUACUGAUUCCAUAAUGACAGCCAUGGGUGGGGUUUCUUCUGACGACGAAAUUGAAAAAUCCAAACGCGAAUUCUAUGAAAAACUUGAAGCUAAAAAGAAACGAGACAGUGGCUCAGAUACAGAUCCUGAGUUUGAAGCUUUCAUUGCCAAGAAAUGGGGCACGCCCCAGCUUAAUUUCAAUCGCAAAUAUCUUAAGGGUAAUGCGACAUCCAGCGAUACUUCUUCGUCCACCGACGAUUCUCCAAAAACAUCAAAACUUCCCACUGACGAUAAGAUUUCCAUUACCAGCACCAGUUACAAGAAACGCAUGACCAAUACAUUACGCAAAAGUUUUCGCUCUCUGAAAAGUGAUCUGAUCGAAAUGAAACCUUUCGGCAAGAAAUCCUCUCCGGAAAAGAAAUUAAUGUGAAGAAUAUGCCGCUGGGAGUUUGUUUGUUAAAGUUUUGUAUGUAGAAAAAUUUGUAUACAGAAUUAAAUUUCUUCCUAUACUAUAUUCCUUCCUCCUUCCCAUUUAUCUAUUUAUGUAUAUUGUUGAUAAUAUUGUUAAAAGAAAAUUAAGAAAAAAAAGUAAGCAAUAAUUAUUUGUAAAUUGUACUUUUGUUAAAUAAACAAUCGAUGUUACGAAA